CGGCAGGGCGGGAAUGCGGCCCUUCUGUCCCCGGGGCUGGGCUGGGCGCCUACAGAGGACCCAGUGUGCCCGGACAUUGGGGCUUUGUGCACGCGUGUGGGGCCGGUGUCUGCGUGGACCUGGCCUUGUUUCGGGGUGACGAGGCCCGGCACUUCAGAGCCCAGGGCCAGCUCUGGAGCCAGCGGGGUCCCAGCAGCAGCGAGGAGCAGGGACCCGUGGUGCGGGUUAUGCUGGGGCCCGGCUCUCCAAGGACAAAUGGACACGCAGGACGGUGCCAUGGGGGACCUGCAGGAGGACUACGGGGAGGGGCCAGUGGCCCCCAUGCAGAGGGACGGGGAGGAGGUGUUGGACAUGCCCGAGCGUGAGGAGGAGCUGGAGGAGGCCCUGGCCCUGGAGGACUACGAGGACCUGGACAUCCCCGAGCCCCAGAUGGAAGAGCCCCAAGCUCUCCCUGAAACAGAGCCCACGGCCGCAGACUACGUCCCUGCCAAGCCGGAGCCAGGCACGCAGGAGGUCUACGUGCAGCUGCAGGAGCUGGUGAUGGACGGGAAGAGCGCGGAGCUGCGGUGGGCAGAGGCGGCCCACUGGCUGCGGGUGGAGGAGAACGUGGGGCCGCGGGGCGGCUGGGGCCGCCCGCACCUGCCCUACCUCACCUUCUGGAGCCUCCUGCAGCUGCAGACAGCCUUCGCCAAGGCGGCUGUCCUCCUGGACCUGCGGGAGCGCUCCCUGGCUGGCGUGGUCAGUGAGCUGCUCGACGCGCUGAUCUUCGGGGAGCGGAUCCGGCCUGAAGACCGAGAGCCACUGCACCGGGCUCUGCUGCUCAAGCGCAGCCACGCCCAGGACCUGGAGGCCCUGGAGGGGGUGACACCGGCCGUCCUGACGCGCUCCGGGGACCCCCACCAGCCUCUGCUAUCCCCGCAGCCCUCACUGGAGACGAAGCUCUUCUGUGAGCAGGCUGAGGGGGACUCCGGGGUGCACCCACCUUCUGCAGUUCUGGAGAAGAUCCCAGAGGCCGCGGAGUCUGCCCUGGUGCACGUGGGCCUCGCCGACUUCCUGGAGCAGCCCGUGCUGGCUUUUGUGCGGCUGCACGAGGCCACAAAGCUGGAGGACAUGGAGCUGCUCCGGCCCGUGCGCUUCCUCGUGGUGCUGCUGGGGCCCGAGGCGUCCCACACCGACUACACCCAGCUCGGCCGCGCCAUGGCCACCCUCAUGUCUGAGAGGGUCUUCCGAACGGACGCCUACCUGGCGCAGAGCCGCGGCGAGCUGGUGCGCUCCCUGGACAGCUUCCUGGACUGCAGCCUGGUGCUGCCGCCCACAGACGCUCCCUCGGAGCAGGCGCUGCUCGGCCUGGUGCCCGUCCAGCAGGAGCUGCUCCGCAGGCGCUACCUGCCCAGCCCAGCACCGCCGGACCCCAGCUUCUACAAGGGCCUGGACCUGAACGGCGGCCCCGGGGUCCCCGGCGGCCCUGAUGACCCUCUGCGGCGGACGGGCUGGCUCUUCGGGGGCCUGGUGCGUGACGUGCGGCGCCGCUACCCCCACUACCUGAGCGACAUCACGGACGCCCUGAGCCCCCAGGUCCUGGCCGCCGUCAUCUUCAUCUACUUUGCUGCUCUGUCGCCCACCAUCACGUUCGGGGGCCUCCUGGGAGAGAAGACCGGGAACCAGAUGGGGGUGUCGGAGCUGCUCAUCUCCACCGCGGUGCAAGGGAUCCUCUUCGCCCUGCUGGCGGCACAGCCCCUGCUGGUGGUCGGCUUCUCAGGGCCCCUGCUGGUGUUCGAGGACGCCUUCUUCACGUUCUGCGAGAGCAACGGCCUGGAGUACAUCGUGGGCCGCGCCUGGAUCGGCUUCUGGCUCAUCCUGCUAGUGGUCCUCGUGGUGGCCUUCGAGGGCAGCUUCCUGGUGCGCUUCAUCUCCCGCUACACCCAGGAGAUCUUCUCCUUCCUCAUCUCCCUCAUCUUCAUCUACGAGACCUUCUCCAAGCUGAUCAAGAUAUUCCAGGACCACCCGCUGAAGGAGACGUACGACCCCAACGUGCCAGUCGUGCCCAAACCCCAGGGGCCCCUGCCCAACACAGCCCUCUUCUCGCUGGUGCUCAUGGCUGGCACCUUCACCCUCGCCAUGAUGCUGCGCAAGUUCAAGAACAGCUCCUACUUUCCCGGCAAGCUGCGCCGGGUCAUCGGGGACUUCGGGGUGCCCAUCUCCAUCCUGAUCAUGGUCCUGGUGGAUUUCUUCAUCGAAGAGACCUACACCCAGAAACUCUCGGUGCCCGACGGCCUCAAGGUGUCCAACGCCUCGGCCCGGGGCUGGGUCAUCCACCCCCUGGGCCUGUACAGGGAAUUCCCCAUCUGGAUGAUGUUUGCCUCUGCCCUGCCUGCGAUGCUGGUCUUCAUCCUCAUCUUCCUGGAGUCUCAGAUCACCACGCUGAUUGUCAGCAAACCCGAGCGCAAGCUGACCAAGGGCUCUGGCUUCCACCUGGACCUGCUGCUGGUGGUGGGCAUGGGCGGCGUGGCCGCGCUCUUUGGAAUGCCCUGGCUCAGUGCCACCACCGUGCGUUCCGUCACCCACGCCAACGCCCUCACCGUCAUGGGCAAGGCCAGCACCCCGGGAGCUGCUGCGCAGAUCCAAGAGGUCAAGGAACAGCGGAUCAGCGGGCUCCUAGUGUCGGUGCUGGUGGGCCUGUCCAUCCUCAUGGAGCCGGUACUGUCCCGCAUCCCGCUGGCCGUGCUGUUCGGCAUCUUCCUCUACAUGGGCGUCACGUCGCUCAGCGGCAUCCAGCUCUUCGACCGCCUGCUGCUCUUGCUGAAGCCGGCCAAGUACCACCCCGACGUGCCCUUCGUAAAGCGGGUGCGGACCUGGCGCAUGCACCUGUUCACGACCAUCCAGAUCGCGUGCCUGGCGCUGCUGUGGGCCGUGAAGUCCACGCAGGCCUCGCUGGCCCUGCCCUUCGUGCUCAUCCUCACGGUGCCCCUUCGGCGCCUCCUGCUGCCCCUGUUCUUCAGCCGCCUGGAGCUCCAGUGUCUGGACGCCGACGACGCCAAGGCCUCUGUGGAUGAGGACGAUGGCAGGGACGAGUACGACGAGGUGCCCAUGCCAGUGUAGGAGGCGCCCCAGGCCCUCUCCGGAGAGCAGAGUGGGCAGCGGGGGUCUCGGGCCCCACAAGGGCGCGCGAAUCUCUGGCUGGAGGUGGCCGGGGUCCGAGCGCUCCCUCGUUAGGCAGUCAGGGGGGCACUCGAGCCCUGCUGGCUGUGUGACCCGGGGCCACUCCUGCCUCUGCAUCCCCACCCGCAGCGGGGUGCGUGAGGACACCCACAUUGCUGAUGGCCACGAGGGCACGGCCGAGCAGGGCCCUGUACCCACCAAGGGGACGGCGGGAGGGGGGGCGGCUUGGUGUCUGGCGAGUCCCCUUCCUCCCUCUGUCGCCACCCUGAGACUAGAGGUGUUGGGGGGGGCAGGGGUGGGGACUCGGGACACCCAUCCCCACAUGCUGGGGCCUGGGCUGGGGACAUGGGGCUGAGGCAGGAUGCUGCCCUGGGGGGGACGUGGGUGGUGUGGAGGGCGGGAGAGGGCUGUAAUUUAUUGUGUCUUUUCCGAGAGCUUUUGCUGUACUUGGCUUUAGUGUGACCCCACUAGGGCCCCACCAGCCCAACCCCGUCCAAACUGAAUUGGGGGGGCACUCAUAUUUGGGCGGGGGGGGGGCAGCAGACAGGCCUCCCAGGACAGGGGCAGUCUGUGGCUUCACAAAAAUGUUGAAAGCACUGAAAGAACCAGAAAUGGUGAGGGACGGGCAAGAGGACGCUCCGAGUGACAAGGAAGCUGCCGGCAGCGGAGACGAGCGGGCGGCCCGCUCGGCGAUUCCCAUCGGUGCCUCAGUUUCCAAAUCUGCACUGGGACUUGAUGGCCUGUACUCCUAGGGUGUUGAAGGAUCAGGGGAGACGCUGGCUUAGCUGCCCGGGCGCGGGAACAUGGCGCGGUCACCUGCCAGGGCCGCUGUGUCCCCUGCUCCUGCAAGGGCAGCCACAGAGGUGAGGACGUUGGCCCUGCCGCCCCCGCCCGGCCCGUGCGCUUGGGAAUAGGUUUUGCCAAUAAACGCAUCCGUGUUGGA